CAGAAGGUUCGAUCGUUCUCGUCCUAUCGAGCGUUCGCACUGGAAAUCUAUGAGAAUGUUUUGGAGUCAUGCAAGUCGUCAUUUAUCGUCUUUCAUGUGUUCAGUAUGAACGGAUGUUCAGUGUUUUGUGCGUUGUGGGAUUUGAUCGAAAAUUUGGCUGAUGCGGAUUUGUUUAAAGCAAAGAUCAAGGGUAUCAUUUACGAUAGCGCACCUGCGAAUGUGAGUCCAUGGCAAAGUGCGACAGCGAUCUCGAUAGCCACAUUACCAACGGGCAAGUACUCAUCGACGCUUCGAGACACGUAUCGAUGCGUUCUGGCCGCAGGUCUAUCACUACAUCGAUCCUUGAUAUGGCUCAGGUCACAAUUCGAGGCCAACGUCUACGAGCGUAAUUUCGCAUUCUAUCGAAUGCUCUCGUUUACUGAGCUGCCACCCCACCAACUGUUUCUCUACUCGCAUUCAGAUGCCAUCUGCUCGUCGAAAUCC